AUGGACGGUUCCGCGGCCUCCCUCUCCCGCGAGGGAUCCCUUCAGCCGCAAUGGAUGCAGCACAAGUCGAUCGGCGGGGGAGGGGGGGGUGGCGUUGGCGGCGACAGCGCGGGAAGGUGGCUCGGGCUGGAAUCCCGGCCCUCCGGCGGCGAGCACUGGCAGGGAUCCGAGGAGGCGGGAAACUGGGCGGGCGCGGAGCAGGAGCGGGACAGCGCCCGGGGGCGGUGGGAGGGCCGGGAGGACGGCGCGCCGGGCGGCCGGACCUCGAAAUGGCGCAGCGACGAUCGGGAGACAUGGGCGCCCGCCAAGGACAGGUGGACGUCCGCACAGGACGGCAGGCGGUGGGUGGAUCCUCCGGGCCAGGGGCGGCAGAAUCGGAGUGACCGAGAUCAUUGGGGCAGCACCGAGGCGGGCGGGCUGUCGAGGAGCUAUGGGGACAGGUGGGACACCGACGGGGACCGGUGGAAGGCGAGCGACAGGGACGCGUACGUUCCGAAACACGACUACGUGCCGAAGAACCCGCGCUGGAACGAUGAAGAGAGGGGAGACCGCUGGCGGCCUGCGGGAGUGGCUGUGCGCACAGAGAUCCAGCCUCCAAGAGGCUUCACAAACCAGCGCAGCCGUGGAGCAGCAGGGGGGCUGCCCUACAGAAGCGAGCGCGAUGGUGGAGAUGGAGCAUCGUUGCCACCGCACAUGAAGACCCAUUCCCAUUCCAAAUUGGCAAUCGGAAAGUACAGCAAGAAGCAGUUGUUGGAUAUAUAUGACACCAUGCUGCAGAAACUUGGGUCCUGCUUGCCCAUGCCCGAUGAGGCUGAAAAAGACUACCCUGGGCUCCUCAAAACUGAGUACGACCAGCCACACUCCAUAAGGCUCAGGCAGAGUGGCAGGCUAGGCGAGGAGGAUGACAAUGAGGAGCCUCCUCUUGGAAGAAGCGUGGGCCGGGAUUCCGCGAAGGAUGACAGCCUCCUGUCCUUGUUAAUGAAGGGAGGCCCCAGUUCAGGGAUAAGCAAAGAGGACAUUGAUACAGACCAGUGGAUGUACCAGGACCCGGAUGGGAAUGUGCAGGGACCAUUUGGAAAGGAGGACAUCUUGAAUUGGUGGGAGGAAGGGUUCUUCCCAGAAGACCUGCCUGUGCGGUCUGCCCGUUGUGGGAACAAUGACUUUGUGCCGCUGAGGCAGCUCUUGAAGAUGUGGAACCCACCCCCUGGCUUCAGGAUACCAAGGCAAACGUCCCUGUCGUCUCGGGCCUCUUUGAGCAGGGUUGAGAGCACUGGGCAGUCAUCCAACCAGCACAUGGGCCAGGCACCAUUGCAGAACACGACACUGAGCACAGGAGUCGUCAGUGACUUCAGAAACAUGGGCUCUUCACCACCCCCUGCGCCUCAGCCUGAGCCUCGGAUCUUACCUCAAGCACCAGACCAAACCGCUGGCCGUCUUGGCUCCCAGGGGGGCUGGCAGAUGCCUGAUCUGGGCCUGGUGGAGCAAAUUGGCCAGCGACCAUCUCUGGAAGGGCAUCCUUUCGACCGGGUCGGGCAGUCACUGGCCAUGCUGAACCUGCACCAUUCCCUAGGAUCCUCAGGUCCACCGUCCAAUUCACAAGGACUACCACUGAUGGGGCACGUUGGCGAGGCACCCAUGCCCGCCUACAAUCCCAUGGUGGGUCUUCAGCAACAGGCAGGCCUUCAGCAGCAGGCAGGCAUGCCUUAUGGUACCCCUCCCAGGCAAGGGGCCCACUCACUGGCUGGGCCGAUGGGAGACCCCCCCCUGGUGCCGUACCCUUCGCAUGAGAUGCCCUUGCACCAGCUCGAUGGCCUGCAUGGCAUCCCUGGGCCUUCAGGCCGCCACCGACCAGGCAUACCACCAGAUCAGUCAGCACAGGACAUAUUCAACAUCGACAUGGGAAUGGAUCAGCAGGGCGGUCGCGCUCCACUUAACAUGCAGCACUUGGGAGGCCCCAAUUUGGGCGGGUUCCCUCCACAGGCCCAGAAUCCAAUAGGACGGCCAGGUGCCAUGUCUCUUGACACUCAUGUUCUGCUCCAAGGAGUGAGGAAUCCUGCACAGGCUCACAUGGCCAGCGGAGGAUUGCAGCAGCCAGGGGGUGCAUAUUACAACUCUCCAUAUCACAUCCCUCCACCGGGACCCCAGCCACCCCAGUGGGGAGUGACAGAUGGGGCCCUGGCCACUGGGCCUGUGCCAGGCCCUGCUGCAGGCGUGGCCGCCAGUCCUGCUGCUUCGAUCCUGAAUGCCACUCAGCAAGGUUGGGAGUCCCGUUCAAGCACGAGUGCCGGGCCCCAUAUCCUGGCUGGCAUGCCCAUGAUUGGAGCAGGGGAGCCCAGUCAGAGCUCUGCAGAUGGUGUAGGAGGUGCUGGGCUGCUCCCCCGAGCUCCUCAGCUUAGUCAGGAGGUGAGCUCUGCUCUCCAUAUCGGGACUGCUGGCCAGAAAAGCAGCAAGGACACAGACCAGUCCACGGUGGAUGAUAGUGUUUGGAGCCAGCUGCUGCAGCCUGGAACUCGACCAACGACAGCACCUGUGCAACCUCCAGCUUCACCCAGAAGGAAAGCCUCCCCAGCGCCACUUCCCAAUCAGAGUCAUGGUCUGCCAGCAAACUUGCCCAUGACAAGUGCUGUCGCACCUGUGGCAGCACCAACAACAGUUGCACCCUCAACAGGGAGCAAUGCCUCAAGAAUGAUGCCAGAUCCAAAGAAGAAUGUUGCCAACAGCACAGCAUGGGGUGCUCGUACAAAUCACUCAGCUCCAUCCCUUCGACAGAUACAAGAGCAGGAAAAGCAGGAGGCUGAAGCGGCUAUCCAUGAGCCUGAACCCCCACAGGCCCGGCAGGCAGCCCCACCCGUUGCAGGAAGGACUGGGGCUCCUGGACUAGGGGGUUGGUCUGCUCAGCAACCAAGGUCCAAGCCACAGGCCAGUCUUCGAGAUAUUAUGGAGGCGGAGACUCAGGCUGCUGUGCAGGCAGCAGCAACUCUCCCACCUCAACCUCCACAAAAACAACAGUCGAAACCUGUCAAGGCAGGCCAACCGCUGUCUAGGUCUCCACCACCAGCUUGGGGGGGUGCAGUCAACAGGGCACCAGUUUUGAAUUUCCGCACUGUGCUUGAGGAGAACGAGAGGGACAAUGCCCCAGUGGGCCAUGCCAGCUGUCCAGCACCACCGCAGUGGCAGCCACCUAGCAAACAGAGCAAAGCCAUUUCCAACGAGGCAGCUGAAGGCGACGACUCCCUCUUCUGGGACUACUCGUCUGCCACGCAGGCAAACCCACCCAAGGCAUGGGUGUCUUCUCAUCCUGGCGUUGGAGCCCCACCCCCAGUUGCGCAACCACCCCAGCAAGCAAACAUGGAACAUUCCCGUCCAGCAGUGGGCCCUGUGUCUGCAAUGCACGUCGCGGCCAAUGCCCCAAAUGCCUCCCGGACGACCCCAAGGCCUGUGAGAUCUGCGAAUGCUAACCAGCCUGCAGUGGCUCCUCAACCUGGGGCUGCAUCUGAGCAAAGAGGGCCUAUGGCCAGGCAGCCUGUAGUCAACGCCCCCCAGGUGGAAAUGCCCCAGGUACCUCACUGUGGCCAGGCGCUCCCCACCCCUUCCAGUGGUGUGGGCGAAUCAGGCCUGUUUAUGGGGCAGUUCAAGAUCUCUCAAAGCUUCAGAGGCUGGUGCCAACAGCAGAUGAAGGAACUGACUGGAAAUGAUGACAUGGCCCUUGUUGAAUUCCUGCUCUCCUUGAAAGGGCGAAUGGAGGUCGUUGAAUACAUUCAGGAGUACUUCAAGGGCGCUCCCAAGGAGCGCGUCACCAAGUUCACAAGGGAAUUCAUGGUGAGAAAGGAGAAUGAUGGCACUGCGAUAAGGAAGGAAGAGCAAGAAAUGCAGAGACGUUUGCAGAGUGCACGGACACAGCCACAAGGUAGAGUCGAAGACAGCACCAUGCGAGCACAGGCAAGGCCAGAGGCGUCUGGGGGUGCAGAAGGAUCGCAGGCAGGGCAUGGAGCUGGCUGGGAGAGGGUCAAAGGCAAUAAGGGCAAUAAAGCGAAGGCCAAGGCCAAGAAAGGCCAGCCCAAGGGGCAGCAGGUGCCUGCAGAGCUGCUGGGCUUCCGGUCCAACUUUGAUGUUCUGGCCAGAGGAAUUGACAACUAG